AACACGGAAGAGGUCGCUUCUUUCUUCCAUCCUAGAAUUUACGUUAGGAGGUCGCUUUUUGGGGGAGACAUAUUUUGGUUUCGUCUAUAAAUAGCUUUCCACUCGCCUCUUCCACGCUCAUCAACCCUAAGCUCUCCUCAAUUCAAACAAACUCAUCUUCUUUCUCUCCCUAGCUUUGGAAGAGAGAGAGCGAGCUUACUUACUGACCAAUGGCGACACCAGUAGAAAUCUCAACUCUCGAACUCAUCGAACAACACCUCCUCGGCGACUUCUCUCCUGUUGACAGCUUCCAUAUCAAUAGCCUCAGCAACACCAGCUCGAUUUUCACAGCAUUCGAUUCUGCAACCAGUGUUCAAACCGAGGGUUCAAGCUCUCAAUCUUAUUCCUUCUGUUCACAGACUUUAAGCUCUGACUCUACCAUCGCAAUCUCUGAUUACCUGGACUCGAACCAAGUUAACAAUACUGGAAAUUUUGAUUUGUUCAAGAUCGACCUAGCUCCGGUCAAGAAAUUCGAGUGGUUGGAUUUCAGCCAGCCAACUAAGCCAGCAGCAGUUUCCGAAGAGAAACCGUUUAGUAGGCACUACAGAGGCGUCCGGCAAAGGAGGUGGGGGAAGUUCGCGGCGGAGAUCAGAGAUUCGAAGCGGCGAGGGUCUAGGGUUUGGCUAGGGACAUUCGACACUGCCAUUGAUGCCGCCAAGGCCUACGAUCGAGCCGCAUUCAAGAUGCGUGGGAGCAAAGCCAUUCUCAACUUCCCACUCGAAGUAGGAAAUUGGCGUCACUCCUCCUCCGCCGGCACGAAGAGGCGGAGAGAGGUUGAAGAACAAACAGAGGAAAGGUCGGUGAAGAAGGAGAGGUUACUGGAAUCUGAAGCAUCGGUGGCUAGCAGUGAAGCGAGUUGUUCUUUAACGCCGUCUAGUUGGACAGCCCUAUGGGAUCAAAAUGCAGAUGGUAUCUUUGACGCCGCGCUGUUAUCGCCGUUAUCUCUUCAGCCUUUGUUGGGCUAUUCACAAGUCAUGGUCAUUUAAAGGAGUAGUUUUUUCGCGAGUUGUACUAGUUUUGGAUGUAUAUAGGGAAUGCCGUGAGGAAUCGGAAACGUUUUACAAAUGACAAACCAUGUUUGUAGAGAAAAUUGUCCACGUGGUUUGAAACAGCAAUGCUUUGAUUAUGAGAAAAAA